AUGAGGCAAAUGCCGCCCAUGCUCCCGCCCUCAUCGAGUGCCCUGGUCUUGCCUCCUGGCGUGUCCCUCCUGCAGUCGGGCGUGGGGCUGCCCGGGCUAGGCGUGGGUGGGGUCGUGGGGCUAGGGGGGAUGAUGGGCGUAGGCAGCGGACCCGCCCUCUCGCCCUCCGUCAGCAUCGACCUACCGGAGCCGUCAGUUCUGUCAGCGGAGGAGGCGACAGCGGGCGUGCAAAUGGGCAUCAAGGUGCGCGGGCUGGACCUGAUGCGCUACGGGCGGCUGGAGGACGGCGUCUACAAGUGCAGCGAGUGCGAGCGCAUUCAGAUCCCGAAGACCUUCAAGACGUCGUACUCGUUCCAGCGCCACGCCUACCUGUACCACGAGGGGCGGCCCAAGCGGUUCCCGUGCCCCGUGUGCGGGAAGGAGUUCUCGCGCCCCGACAAGAGGAAGAGCCACCUGAAGGAGAAGCACGGCCUGUUCCAGCCCGACCCGCCCGACCAGGCGGACUACGCCAGCUCCUUAUAG